AUGACACCGAGCUGUGACGAACCCUGGCGAGGACGGCAGGGAGAGCCGCAAGUGGAUGGGGGAUGGAGCGCAAAGCCUGAGCUCCGCCAAGGGACGCGAGUGACGGCAGGAGGAGGAGGACAACGGUGCCGGCCACGAGAGUUCAAAGUCCCCAAACCAUGGCCUAGUCUUACUCUGCAAGUCCAUAUCUCACAGCCUAGUCAGUCUCUUCUGUCAAAGUGCAAAGUCCCCGCUGCUGCAACCCCCCCUCCUCUGGACUACCAGUGCACUGCCUUGCUCCCUCUCCUUCUUCACAACUCUCACUUCAUAGCCACCCUCCACUGGUUUCCCACCCCCACUGGUUUCCCUGCUGUCAGCUCAACCCCCCUACCUGCACACUCCAGUACCCAACCCCCUGCUCUAAUCUGUGCCUUACAACAGCCCAGAUGUGUAAAGGUUACAACGACAUCAGGACCUGACAUUGAAGAGACAUGGCCUUCUUCGCAGAUCUUGAGUUGCAAGACUGUGGAUCAGGGUCUACACAGUGGCAACUCACAGGACACACGUGACGCUGUGGAUCGAGGAAUGUCAAAUGCCUGCACAACUUCAGAAAUGGAAUUUCCCAUCCGUCUGGCACCCACUAUCGUGCCUCUAUCGAACACAUGUUGCCUUGCCAUGAGCACACUGGCCAGUGUUCAGCCUCACUCACAAGAUAACACCUCACGACUUAAACAAGUGUGGGCAUUCUCAAGCUGUCCCCGUGAGAUAAUGCCACUUUAUAAUCAAAUUACAUACUGCUGUCCCAUGACUUUUGGCAUGUAAGUGUAUACAGGUUUUGAGCAACAGUUGCUGCCAUCAAAACAUAUUUUUUUUUUCUGUGAGCAUGUGUGUCAUUUAUUCUGAACAGUAGUAACCCUUUAAAGUCCUCUUGAGUGCACGGUCAAUCAAAGAAAUGGCUCACAGAAAUAUGUGGCUGUGUAUGUGGCCUACCUCCAGUUCUUCUAAAUAUUACCAAUUGAUUAUGUAUUCAAUAUAUGUUAGAUAAUGAAUGAGGUGUUACUGCAUCCAUUUUUAGAAAGAGUUAAAAAAUGUUUUGAAACAACAUUAUGAAGUGAAACACAUGGUAAUUCAUUAUUAAUGAGCAGGUUAUUACUGUGUCCUUCCUUAGGAAUUAAUAAUGAUAUGGAACAGUAUUA